GCCCAGAGCGAGUUCACUGCUUCGACCAAAUUCGUGGUCACUGUUUUGCAUCUCUCGCUCUGAACCCUCUCUAAACCCUAGAAAAUGUCCGUUACAAUCACCGCCGCAAAACAAUGAAGCGGGUCUUGAAAAUCUCAGACGCGGCCCAAGCAGAGAUGCUCUGCUCCGCAAAACCCAAAACCCUAGCCCCCACUCCCUUCAUCUUCACACUCACGAGGUCCCCAAAUCACCGAUUCACCAGCCGCGACCUCAAUGCACAAACCCAAUCCACCUCCCUCAAAAUCGUAGGCUUGUUCACGGACAAGUUUGCCCCCUCCGAUUCCAGAGCCAGAGAGGAUCUCAGAAGCAAGGUCUCGCAGUUGAGGGACGAAUUAGUUCGGAAUUUCGAGGAGGUCUCUGAUCAGAUUUACACUGAUAAGAUUGUUAGGGUUUUGGAGGAGAAGGCCGACUCGUUGCUUCGGAGUUAUUCGGAUGGGUGCGCUUGUGUUGAGCUUUUGAAGCAGCUGGGUUCGUGGCCUCACUUAGCCCUAGAGGUUUUGAAUUGGAGAAGAAAACAGGUGGAUUGUGGCAUUCCUAUGAUGCCUGAGGAGUAUGCCAAGGGUAUUACAGUUGCUGGUAGAAUUAAGAAUGUUGAUCUUGCAGUUGAGCUGUUUACUGAGGCUACUAACAAGCGAAUCAGGACAACAUCUACUUAUAAUGCACUGAUGGGUGCUUAUAUGUUCAAUGGUCUUGCUGAUAAAUGCCAGUCAUUAUUUCGGGACCUGAAGAGGGAAGCAAUUUCUAGUCCUACAAUUGUAACAUACAACAUUCUUAUUUCUGUUUUUGGUCGCUUGAUGCUAGUUGAUCACAUGGAGGCGACUUUUCGAGAGAUACACGAUUCAAAUCUCUCCCCUAAUAUAAGCACUUACAACAAUGUAAUUGCUGGAUAUGUUACAGCUUGGAUGUGGGAUAAUAUGGAGAAAACUUAUCAGGCAAUGAAGAUGGGCCCUGUUAAGCCUGAUAUUAACACCUACUUGCUAAUGCUUCGGGGGUAUGCACAUUCAGGUAAUUUAGAAAAGAUGGAGGAGACAUAUGAAUUGGUAAAGAAUCAUGUUAAUGAUAAGAAAAUUCCAUUGAUCAGAGCCAUGAUAUGUGCAUAUUGUAGGAGUUCUGCAACAGAUAGAGUUAAAAAGAUUGAGGCGCUAACAAAGAUUAUUCCAGAAAAUGAGUAUAGGCCAUGGUUGAAUGUGAUGUUGAUUAGGGUUUUUGCCCAAGAGGAUUGGUUAGACGAGAUGGAGAACUCGAUAGAUGAGGCAUUUGAGCACAAUACCUCUGUAACAACAGUGGGUGUCAUGCGGUCUAUCAUUGCAAGUUAUUUUCGGUGUAAUGCACUGGACAAGCUUACUAUCUUUGUGAGGCGUGCAGAAUGUGCCGGCUGGAGAAUCUGCCGGUCCCUAUAUCACUGUAAGAUGGUCAUGUAUGCGUCACAGAGGCGCCUACAGGAAAUGGAGUGUGUCCUAAAUGAGAUGGAGAAUUUUAACUUAGAUCGCACAAAAAAGACGUUCUGGAUAAUGUAUAAGGCCUACUCUAUGUGUGGUCAAAGACACAAGGUCCAGCAAGUAUUAGGAUUGAUGUGUAAGCAUGGCUACAAAAUUCCUUUGGAUGCAUUGCCGCCAUAAAUUAUCCAUUUAGCAUAUUGGAUGCCAGAAAUUGCAAAAGGCAUUGAGCUGAUUAUUGUGAGAGGUUUCACUGCCACUGUGUGAUGGGAUUGAAGUAUCAAGUAAUUUAAAGAAAGUGCUGAACAAUUGUACAGUGUUCGAUGGACCAAGGCCAACAAAAUGCUGAAUGGUUACUGAAAUUGAAAUCAAUUCUUUCAAUGCACGAAGAUAUUGUUUUGUCUACUUUUCAAAGAAAAAAAAAAUUGUUUUCUCUGCACAAAAUCCCAACUCUCUUCCUGUAAUGUUACUAAAUUAACUGAAUUUUGUAGAAUGCUACCAGGGCAGAGAAUAGAGACGAUUGAUCUUUUGACUCGUGGGGUAUAUAAAUUUAUUGAUGUAACUAUGCAAGAGCUAUGCUGACGAUUUGUGAACCACCAAAGUGGUUAGGUACAUACUUGGGUAUGGAUUUGAAUCUGAAUUCAAAUUUUAAUGGCUGAUUAGUGUAAA